GAAGUCAACCUUGAUAAUCAUAAUUCACUAGCGAUGGGACUACUAGCCAAUGGCUGAAGUGUCACGUGAUUAGUUGUGUUUACCCCUCCACUUCUUUUGACUCGACUUGUUGGACAGAAUGUCUCAUAUCUUUUGUUACGUCACAUGUUUACAUGUGGUAUAUACAUAUAUCUCCAUGUGCACAUGCACAUAAGUAGAUAGGUUACAGCCGUUACAGUCUUACAGGUAUCAAGAGGGACACUUAUACAGACCUUCUUUCUGAACACUGAACACGCACCAAGCCUACAGUUCUCUGCAUUAAAAAAAACAAUGUUGAGAAUUCUGAUGAAUUUAUCGGUGAUUGAACUAGAAAUUUCUUUUGCUCAUUGAAAUACAUAACGAAAAAUGGGAAAUUACAUGAGAAAAAUUGCAUCGAUGUCAAAUAAUGCAGUGCACUCCGUAUACCGUGGUCGUAAACGAAAGUGCAUCGAGGAAGAUGAUUUUGAUUCUGAAUCGGAUUACAUCGAUCGGACGCUUCAAACACCGAAAAAAAGGAAAUUGCUGACAACAGCACAAUACAUUUACAAAACCUUGUUCCAAGAAGAAAAAGGAAGUGAUAUAACUGUGCUCAUGUUGGGCAAAGCAUGGAGGUUGCAUAAAGUUUAUAUUAGUCAGAGUCCGUAUUUUGCAAGUAUGUUUUCAGGAUCUUGGAGAGAAGCAAAUGAGACAGUUAUAAGUGUAGAAAUUGCUGAUCCUAACAUUACAUUGGAUUCUCUUUUGACAGUCUUUGGUUCCUUUUACCAGGACGAAGUCAGUUUAGAACCGAAAGAAGUCAUACCAAUUUUGGCUACCUCUACAUUAUUUCAAUUACAAGGAUUAAUUGACCAAUGUACAGAUAUUAUGGUAGAGACAACGAAUAUAAAAACAGUUGUUCCUUAUUAUAAUGCUGCUGUAUCUUAUGGUGUGCCAGUAGUAAAAAGUGCAGCAAAACGGUGGUUAGAAGUAAAUCUCUUAGGAUAUGGAUGGUUACAUCCUACCUUUUUAAAAGAAAUUACACCUGAUUUGAUGGUUGAAUUGAUUGCUAGUCCUGAUUUAAUUGCUAUGCAAACAGAAUUUUGCAUAUACAUGAUGUUACGUGUAUGGCUAUUCGUUCAUGUACAUAAUAAAGAGGAAACACUUCAAAUUGAUGAAUAUUUUAGAAAUCAUAAAUGGACAAAACCAUUCCUUACAACAGAAGAAGGCAAAGAAUUUGCAGCACCUUUUAAAGUCCUGAGAAUGAAAUAUCUUUUACUGCACGAUCAAGAUGUAAAGAUUUUAUAUAGUGACAAUUUAAUACCACAUGAGUGGUUGCAUAAUGCAUAUAAAGAACAAUGGUUACAUUUACUAAGAAUAGAUGCGAAUAAAGAUCGAGGACCAAGACAAAUGAGUGAAGAAGAGUUUGCUCGUGAAUGUUUCCGUUGCGGAAGGUGCAUUGAAAAAGCUGGUGAGCAUAUUUGGAGAUGGACAGCAUUUCAUUUUGGAUUAGAUUUGGUGGUGUGCUUGGAUAGUACUACUUUGAGGAUUAAGAGAAAUCAUAGAUUAGAUACAGAUCAUAUAAAAGCUAAUCAUAGCAAGCACAAAAUAAUUUUAAAAGUAAGUCUAAUUUCAUUGGACGAACAACGUCAAGUAAAACACAUUCAGAGUUCGGAUAUGCUUAGAUUGUCACUCUAUAAGAACGAAGAAAAACAAGUGAUGUCUCUGGAUGCAGAACUUACUUAUCCUUUAUAUGUAUCAGUCAACAUGCAAGUAGUUACUCCAUUUGUAUCAAAGGAAGAGGAAAAAUCAGCUGAUAUAAUUAUCUUCUCGGAUACUUAGCAUACUGAACAUUCAACGUUUUCGAAACAUUCGAACUGAAUCCGACGUACGCUUACCUCAGAUAACAAACCGGCUGUUCCAAUUUAUAAUACUUGAGUACGAUUAAAUGCUAUAAAUUUUGUUACUCACCCACGUGACUUUUAUAUUGUGGAGAUGCUAAUUUCUGAUUAAAAUUUUUAUAAAUUCAA